AUGGCUUCUGUCAAGUCAUUUCCCACGAUCAAAACCGUGCGGACCUUUGUGAUCGAAGGUGUGGGCUCCGGCGGCGACUACCACAAUGUCAAGGGUGGUCACUGGCUCAUUGACAACAAAAUUGCGACGCCCAUGUCCAAAUGGGAACAAUACCGCAAGUCCCGCACGUCCUUUGGUAUCAACGUUUUGGGGUCAUUCUGUGUCGAGAUUGAAGCGACAGAUGGAACCAAGGGAUUCGCGACUGGUUUCGGAGGCCCUCCUGCGUGUUGGCUAGUUCAACAGCACUUCGAACGCUUCCUGCUCGGCCGAGACCCUCGAGAUGUGAAUGACUUGUACGACCUCAUGUACAAGGGAUCGAUGUUUUACGGACGGAAAGGUCUUCCAGUGGCGGUCAUUUCGGUUAUUGACUUGGCUAUAUGGGAUCUUCUGGGCAAGAUUCGGAAUGAACCCGUUUACAAGAUGAUCGGUGGUGCUACAAGAGACAGGCUUAACUUUUACUGCACAGGACCCGAACCGGCGGCUGCCAAGAAGAUGGGAUUCACUGCUGGCAAGGUUCCCCUGCCGUAUAGCGCAGAGGAGCCGGACAGUCUGAGGAAGAACAUUGCCUUCCUCAAGAAACACCGAGAGGAUGUUGGGCCGGAUUUCCCGUUGAGAGUCGACUGCUGGAUGUCUUUGAAUGUCCCGUACACUAUUGAGUUGGUCAGCGAAGCAAAGAGACAGGAUCUCAAAAUCGACUGGUGGGAAGAAGUCCUGUCUCCAGACGACUUUGAUGGAUUUCAAUUGUUGAAGAGGGCGCAUCCAGACACCAAGUUCACCACAGGAGAACACGAAUAUUCUCGUUAUGGUUUCCGCAAAUUGAUCGAAGGCCGAAAUGUCGACAUUAUCCAGCCGGAUGUUAUGUGGUUGGGGGGCUUGACUGAGCUGCUGAGAGUCUCCGCCAUGGCCUCGGCGUACGAUAUCCCGGUGGUUCCGCAUGCCUCGGGCCCCUAUUCAUACCAUUUUGUUGUCAGCCAGCACAAUGCGCCAUUUCAAGAAUACCUUGCCAACAGUCCAGACGGCAAGAGUGUGCUACCUGUGUUCGGAGAUUUGUUCUUGAACGAGCCAAUCCCUACAAACGGUUACUUGGAUGUUAGUGUGUUGGAUAAACCUGGAUUUGGUCUGGAAUUAAAUCCCAACGCUAGAUUGGUUGAUGCAACUGGGUUAUUAGGGAUGAAGCCGCAGAAAUCCUUGACGCCACCGAAUGAGGGAGACCAGAAGACGACGAAUGUUGAGGUCAACGGUGCCUUGCCAAUUGUGGGGGAUCAUGUUUCCUGA